AUGUAUCCCCAUCCUGGUGCCCCGAUGCCACCUCCACAGAAGCCCGAGACUUUUAUGCUUUCCACCGAGGCACAACAGAAUCUACCCCAUGAUGCGCAAGUCGCCUUACAACAAGUAGACAAUCUGAAAUACUUCCUUUUAUCGGCCCCUGUGGACUGGCAACCAGAUCAACUUAUUCGCCGCUUCUUGCUUCCCACUGGUGACUACGUUUCUUGUGUGCUAUGGAGUAACCUCUUCCACGUUUCGGGUACCGAUAUUGUUCGCUGCCUCGCAUUCCGAUUCCAGGCCUUCGGACGUCCUGUUAAGAACUCGAAAAAGUUUGAGGAGGGUAUAUUCUCUGACUUGCGAAACCUCAAGGCUGGAACCGAUGCGACCCUGGAGGAGCCCAAGAGCGCAUUCUUAGAUUUCUUGUAUAAAAAUAACUGCAUCCGGACGCAGAAAAAGCAAAAGGUGUUCUACUGGUACAGUGUGCCACAUGACCGAUUGUUCCUGGACGCACUUGAGCGGGAUUUGAAGCGUGAGAAGAUGGGCCAGGAAGCGACCACCGUCGCGGUCAGCGAACCAGCUCUCUCAUUUGAAUUUGACUCCUCCCAGUCCCUCUAUGAGCAAUUGACAAAGGCCCAACAAGCGAACUCGUCCUCCUUCGCUGCCCACGCAAGUACGACUUAUGGCCAGCCCGCUUCUCCCGUGGUUCGGACCGUUGACGCAAUGCCUCCUCCUCAGAUGGCUCCCCCCGCGAUCCCCAUUCUCCAGGACGACUCUAGCAAUCCGUCCAUGUACAGCCACCCGACUAUGCCCCUGUCGAACAACCUGGUGCAGAGCAUCAUUAAGCGCGAGCAGGACUACGGUGCUAUCCAAUAUGAUCGUAAUGGCAUGCCCAUGGCCCGCGUCCACCAACGUCAUUCUUCUAUGCCGACCUUUUACGAGUACUCGCCAGCUCCGUCAUUUGUAUCUUCCCAGUAUGAGGACUACAGUAACCGCGGCCUCUCCUAUGAGCCCGUCACUCCGCCGCAACACCCGGGUGGUCUUUCGGCAGAGCCGGCGUACAUCGCCAACGAGGAGACUGGCCUGUACACCGCCAUUCCCGACCUGUCCAACGCAGCACCAUACAACCCUAUGAUGCAGUUGCCCCCGUCAAACUUUGCCAGUGCACACUACCAAACCUCAUCCAGACCCUUCUCGUCCAACCCGUAUUCCGUCAUUGAGGGCUCUCCCACAUAUAAACAGCGAAGGCGACGACCAUCUAUUACUCCUGGCCCCUCGGUCGGAUCUCCAAGUGUUAUGGGCCACUCAUCGCAUUCACAACCCCCUGCUUAUGCUGUCCGCAAGCCAAGUGACCUUCGGCGCUCGGUCUCCAGCUCUGUAGCCCCGGGAGCCGAUGUUGACGAUCGUAAUCAUGAUCUCGCUCGCACAUACCCCAGUGCGAUGCUACCGCGAAAGGAUCUUCUCCAGGAGAUCUCUCGCCAUGGUACCCCCAUGCAAAAUGAUGGCAGUGUGGAGCCGCAACCAUUGCAACUGGGCAGCUCAUCAGACGAACUGGCCUCGCUGCCAAACGGUUCGUCUAUGGAAUCGUCGAUUCAAAAUUGUGCCAACCGAGAUCGCGCCGGUCCUGGUCCCGCACGCCGGGCCAGAAGUGCGACCAUGAUGGAGAUGGCACCUUACCCACAGAAGUCUCACACUUGCCCAAUUCCAUCAUGUGGCAGACUCUUCAAGCGUAUGGAGCAUCUCAAACGACAUGUGCGAACUCACACUCAAGAACGUCCAUACCCUUGCCCGUAUUGCAGCAAGGCUUUCUCACGUUCUGACAAUCUCGCACAGCACCGUCGCAUUCAUGAAGCUCAGCAAGAUGGCCAACCUCCUCUCGUUGUUGACGAUGAUCUGGAGAACGAUAGCAAUGACUUCGAUUCUCCCAGAGAGGACUCACCUGAACAUACCCACAACAUGGUCAACAUGCCCCCAAUGACCAUGUCAACUUCCAUGUCUGCUGUGCCGACUAUGGUUGCUCCCCAUAUGAUUGCCCCCCAGCUUCUUCAACAGCAAAUAUAA